UCGAACUAUGUGAGCUCUCUGAUCUGCACCGAGGAGCUGAAGGCAAUCGUUAAUCGCAAGGAAAAACACGAGAACAUGCAGGUGACUGUGCACACGUCCACUCGAGAGGUCUUGGCCGUCUAUGCCAUUGACGAGGCACGCAUGGAGCUGGUCAUUACGCUGGCGCCCAACUAUCCGCUCGGCGCCGUUAAAGUCGAGUGCGGCAAGCAGAUUGGCGGCCGGGCCAAUUCACGCAAUGUUGGCAUGCAGCUGACCAUCUUUUUGACGCAUCAGAAUGGCACGAUUAAUGACGGUCUCACGAUGUGGAAAAACAAUUUGGAUAAGAAAUUCGAGGGCGUGGAGGAGUGUUAUGUUUGCUAUACGGUCAUACACCAGGACACCUGCCAGCUGCCCAAAUUGACGUGCAAGACAUGCAAAAAGAAGUUUCACGGACCCUGUUUGUACAAAUGGUUCACCACCAGCAGCAAAUCCACCUGUCCAAUUUGCCGUAACGUCUUCUAGAGCAUCUGCUUCCUUGCUACACUUUUUGGCGACACGUAUUAAUCUAGGCACAAGAGAAACAUUGCUGUUAGUCAGCUGUCAAAUUUUUCGGGCUCUAUCUGUAAAUCAGUAACAAUAAAUUCGCAAUAGUUUUAAAU